ACGUACGACGUCCCGCCCUGCAAUCGCCAUGGCGCGCAAGAACGCCAAGAAGGUCAAGGCCCCCGCCUCCACCACGAAGGAGGUCGCCGCGACCUCCAAGACUGAAGUCAAGAAGGAGGAGGAGCCUGCAGCCCCCGAGUUGGGCACCUACGGAUGGGUGCUCAAGCUCUUCGCGGUGGGGGCAGCCAUGGCCGUGACCUACUACCUGCGCCAACUGGACGUGGAGAUCGUCCGCGCGGCCCACUACAUCGCCCGCACGGACGUGACGGAGCAUCUGCGCUUCAACGUCACGUGCUCCCCCUUGAGGGAAUGGGAGACGUUCGUGCCGGGCUGCCACCAGGAGAACGAGACCCUGUGCGGCCGCGCAGUGAUCGACAACUUCGUGACCCCGAAGCAGGUGACGCAGCUGCGUGAGAUCGCGGAGGCUGGCAUGAAGGGCCGCUCGAAGCUCGGCGGCCCCACGAUCAUGGACAUCAACACGGGCUUCGUGCGCGACAGCGAAGGCCUGGUCAACAUCUACCAGCCUGAGAGCAAGGUCCCCGACGAGAACAAGCCUGGCGUCAAGCGCUUCACCAAGAAGCAGUUCGACCUGUACCGCGGUGUCGUCGAGAAGAUCCGCUUGGCGGUGAUGAAGGAGUUCGACCUUGACGUGCUCUACUUCUCUGCGCCUACGUUCAUCACGCGCUUGAUUGGCAACGAGUCGUGGACUCCGGCGGAGCUCCACGACGAGUACUGGCACCCGCACGUGGACAAGGAGAACACGAGGCACUAUGACUACUCGGGUCUGCUGUACCUGGCGGACUACGGUGAGGAUUUCACGGGCGGCCUGUUCUCGUUCAUCGACAACAGCACGGAGACCGUCGUUGAGCCGGCUCGCGGGCGCUUGAUAAUGUUCACGGCUGGCUCGGAGAACCUGCACGUCGUGCGCAAGGUGGAGACUGGCACGCGCUACGUUUUGAGCUUGUGGUUCUCCUGCGACGAGCGCAAGGAGUUUCUCAACUUCCUGGAUGAGAAGAUGCACAAGCACUUUAGACGUGCUUAG